CAACUAAAGGUCAUACACAAUUUGUCACAAAUCAUUAACAUGCCAUAUAAAGGUAUCAAAUGUCUGCGUGUAUAAAUUCACACCUCGUGUUUGUCUGCUGUUUAUUCGCAAAACCACGCCUAAACAACUCUGUUCGUCCUACCAUUAGUCAUUGUUUUUGACGCCAUUUGUUCGCUGUACCAUGAGAUUUCUGAUAAUUCUUCUCGCCUUGAUUUCUUUGGCAUUCUGCAUAGAUAAAAUAUGCGAAAUGCCUCUUGAAACAGGGCCAUGUCGUGCUGCUUUUAGAAAGUACGGCUACUCCACCGAAGAAAAGAAAUGCAAAAUGUUUAUUUAUGGAGGCUGCCGUGGAAACGAGAAUAAUUUUGAAACUGAGGAAGAUUGUAAGAAGAAAUGUGGAUAGAUUUUGAAAGAAUGAUUUUUUUUCGAAGAUUAAUAAAGACCUUUUUAUGUUAC